CCUGGACGCGGGCGGCGUCAACGUCACCCACUGGUUUGGCAGGACUGGCCUCCUCAUGGUCUUCGCCCCAGAACACCAGGAGGGUUUGCGGUUCUGAGACCACGCUUCCCUCCUUCCUGAGAAACCGGACGUUGUGUAUCCAUUCUGAGCAUCACUUUCCACCAGGUGCCGCGCUGGACCCUGAGGAGGAGGACAAAGCGGUGUGAACCAGGGUUUCUGAAAGUCCGCUGCAGCUCUGAGUCUCCGGAGCUUUUCAAAAUUCCCACGCCCAGUCAGCACCCCAGACCAAUUGCAUCAGAAUCUCCCGGAAUGGGAUACAAAACAUUCAAAUUUUUUAAAGUUCAAGGGUUGAUUGCAAAAGGACUCAAGAUUGAGAACCGGAGAACUAAAAUAUCGGUGGAGACUGGCUGAGGAAACAAAUACUCUAGUACCUAGAAAAAUACUGGGCUUAUUAGUUUGAUGCCUAGAGGAUUAACUGUUAUUUUUGUUUUCACUUCUACAUUGUAUGAAAAAUUUAUCUCUGUUACUUAUGAUACUUAGGCAAGGAACUACUUAGAAUGAGUGGGACAGAGCAUGCCCUCCACUCCUCACUGGUGGUUAACUCUCAGUUAUUUGCCAGGAAAGAUACCAAAGCGGGAAUGAUGUGAAAGAUGGACUAUCCAAGCUUUAUUCAUUUUUUUCCCCUUGCCAUUUGUGUUACCAAAGAGGUUUGUCUAAUUAAGUAAUGAACUCAUGUACUUGAGGAGUCAACAUACUUUGCCAAGAUUCACACCAACUGAUCGGCUCAGUUUUAGCCUUUGCCUAAAAGAUUUAUUCCUUAUAUGGACGCUCCCAUUCCCCAAUGCUGCAACUGCACCUGCAUGAAAAUGAACUGCCUGGAUGUUCUGUGGACCCAUUCUGCACAACAUCAUACAGGGUUUAUCAGUCACCGGAGAUGCAUGACACAUUGUGCCAGGAUGGACAUAGUCGACUGCUUUACUGGGAAGAGGACACGUUAACUGCCCAUCAGUCCACCUGCGUUUAGAUUUCUUAUCCCAGGUACUUUGUGCUGGAUUUUGAGGCUGGUAUCCUGCAGUAUUUUGUGAAUGAGCAAAGCAAACACCAGAAGCCUCGAGGGGCCCUGUCUCUGUCCGGCGCCAUCGUGUCCCUGAGUGACGAAGCGCCCCAUAUGCUCGUCGUGUACUCUGCCAACGGGGAGAUGUACAAACUGAGAGCUGCUGAUGCAAAAGAGAAACAGUUCUGGGUGACUCAGCUUCGAGCUUGUGCCAAAUACCACAUGGAGAUGAAUUCUAAGACGACUCCAAGCUCCCGAAGCCGAAGUCUCACUUUGCUCCCCCAUGGAACACCCAAUUCUGCAUCUCCCUGUAGCCAGAGACACCUCGGUGCGGGGGCCCCCGGCGUGGUCACAAUCACACAUCACAAGUCGCCUGCUGCCGCCCGAAGAGCGAAGAGUCAGUAUUCCGGCCAGCUUCAUGAAGUCAGAGAGAUGAUGACCCAGGUGGAAGGACAACAGAAGAACCUGGUGCAUGCCAUCGAGUCUCUGCCGGGGUCCGGGCCCCUCACUGCCUUGGACCAGGACCUGCUGCUCCUGAAAGCUACCUCUGCUGCCACCCUCAGCUGCCUUGGGGAGUGCCUGAGCCUGCUCCAGCAGAGCCUGCACCAGGCCAGUCAGCCCAGCCACAGGCCGGGGGCCUCGGAAAGCAUCCUGGGAUGGCACGGGCCUAAGUCACACUCCACAGAGCAGCUGAAAAAUGGGACACUUGGCUCUUUGCCAUCGGCCAGCGCCAGCAUAACCUGGGCCAUUUUACCCAACUCCGUGGAGGAUGAACAAAGCUGCCCACCAGAGCCAGAGCCAAACUCAGGCCCCGAAUUGGUUUUGUCAGAAGAUGAGAAAAGUGACACUGAAGAUCAGGAAGAGACAGAAGUGGGCGUCAUGGAGGAUCAGCGCAGUGUAAUCCUUCACCUCAUUUCUCAGCUCAAACUUGGAAUGGAUCUGACCAAGGUGGUGCUUCCCACGUUCAUUCUCGAGAAGCGGUCCUUGCUGGAGAUGUACGCAGACUUCCUGGCACACCCAGACCUGCUGCUGGCUGUCACCGCAGGGGCCACGCCACAGGACAGGGUCAUCGGCUUCGUGGAGUAUUACCUCACCGCCUUCCACGAGGGCCGCAAGGGCACCCUGGCCAAGAAACCCUACAACCCCAUCAUCGGCGAGACGUUCCACUGCUCCUGGGAGGUUCCCAAGGACAGGGUCCAGCCCAGGAGGACUGCUGCCCCCGAUCCCUCUGGCCAUGAACACCCGAUGGCCGACGACCCUUCCAAGAACUACAAAAUGCGGUUCGUGGCCGAGCAGGUGUCCCACCACCCGCCCAUCUCCUGCUUCUACUGUGAGUGCAAGGAGAAGAGGCUGUGCAUCAACACUCACGUAUGGACCAAAAGCAAGUUCAUGGGCAUGUCCGUGGGGGUCUCAAUGAUCGGGGAAGGUGUGCUGCGGCUCCUGGAGCAUGGGGAGGAGUAUGUGUUCACCCUGCCCAGUGCCUACGCCCGGUCCAUCCUCACCAUCCCUUGGGUGGAGCUCGGAGGAAAAGUCAGCAUCACCUGCGCCAAGACUGGGUACUCAGCGACAGUGAUCUUCCACACAAAGCCUUUCUACGGGGGGAAGGUCCACAGGGUCACAGCCGAAGUGAAGCACAACCCGACCAACACCAUUGUGUGCAAAGCCCACGGGGAGUGGAAUGGGACCCUAGAGUUCACCUACAACAACGGGGAGACCAAGGUCAUUGACACGACCAUGCUGCCAGUGUACCCCAAGAAGAUCCGACCCCUGGAGAAGCAGGGCCCCAUGGAGUCCAGGGUGACGGCUGGGUAUACUUCAAUCCGCUUUGGAAGGCACACUAAUGCGUGGAGAUGCAGAGCUUUCAGAAAUGGUCCUGUUUUUGUAGGAAUUAAAGUGGUACAGUAUCAAGGUUCUGCUUGGUAUUCCCUGAGACCUCUUGAUAGUGUUCAAGACAUGGUACCUGAGAGAGAAAUUAUGUACUGUGAAAAAUGCACCCCCAGACUCUACUAUGGGAUUGAAUUUAUUCAAGAGCCAUGUGGGGCAUGCGUGUGCACACACGUCUGUGUGCAAGCUCUUGGCACACUGUAUGUUCACACGCAUGCGCUAUGCCUGCUGGAUAUUAUCACACAUGUAAAUAGUGCACUUACCAAUAUUGAAGUGGGUAAUUAUGAGCUCCUUUUUAUCAAUGAGGUUUGAAGUUUUCUACUUUUCACUUUACCAAAUACUUUUGCACUCACCAAGUAUUCUCCAAUUGACAACUCCUGUCCAAAGGUGAACUGGCGUGGCUCUACUGCUGUCCCUCUGGUAGAAGGUGGCUGUCAUUUCAGAAUUAUCGGGGUGCUUCCCACUCCCCUCCCAAGUCAACAUUUGUUUGUCCGUAUGCAAGACAGAUCAACUGCCAUUUCCUGCUGGAUGGGGAGCGGGCAGAAAGCUGUUAAAGGUUUAUGCCGGAGCCUUCCAGGAUGGAGCACCCCUGGGAGAGCCUAGAGCCAGGCCUACCUUAGAAUGUUCCUCCCAUCUCCUUGCCCCAGAAGCUUUCUGAUAAUUUCUCAUGCUCAAAGCUCUAGUCAUACAAUUUUCAGAAGCUGCUUCUUUCAUGGUAGAAAACAAGUCAUAUGGAGACUGCACUACUUUUAUCUUGAAAAAAAGGGCUUUAGAAAUGAAAUACACGCAUGCAUAUACAAACAUGCACCACCACAGCCUCAAUCUUAUAUUUCAUUUGGGGAAAGAGAAAAGAAUAUCCUGUGGAUUUUUUUAAAAUGCACCUCUUGUUUGACCCGAAUUCUGCAAGGAAACCACUGUGAUUAAAACAUCCAUAAAGUCUGCAUAAGUGUUUCAUGGUUUCAGUUCAUUUUCAGUCUUCAGCCUUUACAAAUGAGGUCAAGACAUGACCAGAAUAUAAAGCAAGGAGAAAAUGAAGUAUUUGAUCUUUGCUCAAUGCUUAAUUUAUUUUUUACUGUGCCACUCUAAUGAGAAUAUUUAUACAAUCCAGUAGCAUGAAUGCUUCUCUGUAGUAAUACUAAUUUUGUGCCUUUUGUCUGCUUUCUUAAGACCAAUUGUUCACACUUUGUAGAUAUUAGACAAAUAUAU